CUGCCGGUGUGCUGGUGCUUCGCCCGAGACUCUGCGCCCAGGCGUGCCGCCCCAGGAACCGCGAGAAGGUCACCGCAGCCCGCCGCCUAUCCAUCCAUCCAUCCAUCCAUCCAUCCAUCCAUCCAUCCAUCCAUCCAUCCAUCCAUUUUUCUAUCCGUCUGUCCAUCCCUCGCGCUGCGCUCGCUCCCCAGUCGCCCCAGCCACCCAGCGCCAUGAAUCAGAUAGAGCCCGGCGUGCAGUACAACUAUGUCUACGACGAAGAUGAGUACAUGAUCCAGGAGGAGGAGUGGGACCGCGACCUGCUCCUCGACCCGGCCUGGGAGAAGCAGCAGAGGAAGACUUUCACUGCCUGGUGCAACUCGCACCUGCGCAAAGCCGGCACCCAGAUCGAGAACAUAGAGGAGGAUUUCAGGAAUGGCCUCAAGCUCAUGCUGCUUCUGGAAGUCAUCUCGGGGGAAAGGCUUCCCAAACCUGACCGGGGCAAAAUGCGGUUCCACAAGAUUGCGAAUGUCAACAAGGCUUUGGAUUACAUAGCCAGCAAGGGAGUGAAACUGGUAUCUAUUGGGGCUGAAGAAAUCGUCGAUGGCAAUGUGAAGAUGACCCUGGGUAUGAUCUGGACCAUCAUCCUCCGCUUCGCCAUUCAGGACAUCUCAGUGGAAGAAACAUCUGCCAAAGAGGGCCUGCUGCUGUGGUGUCAGAGGAAGACAGCGCCAUACCGAAACGUGAACAUCCAGAACUUCCACACCAGCUGGAAAGAUGGCCUUGGACUCUGUGCCCUCAUCCACAGACACCGGCCUGACCUCAUCGACUACUCAAAGCUUAACAAGGAUGACCCCAUAGGAAACAUUAACCUGGCCAUGGAAAUAGCAGAGAAGCACUUGGAUAUCCCUAAAAUGUUGGAUGCUGAAGACAUUGUCAACACUCCCAAACCCGAUGAAAGAGCCAUCAUGACUUACGUUUCCUGCUUCUACCAUGCUUUCGCGGGAGCGGAGCAGGCCGAGACGGCAGCUAACAGGAUAUGUAAGGUUCUUGCUGUGAAUCAAGAGAAUGAGAGGCUGAUGGAAGAAUAUGAGAGGCUAGCGAGUGAGCUCUUGGAAUGGAUUCGGCGCACAAUCCCCUGGCUGGAGAACAGGACACCGGAGAAGACCAUGCAGGCCAUGCAGAAGAAGCUGGAGGACUUCCGGGACUAUCGUCGUAAGCACAAGCCCCCCAAGGUGCAGGAGAAGUGUCAGCUGGAGAUCAACUUCAACACCCUGCAGACCAAGCUGCGGAUCAGCAACCGGCCGGCCUUCAUGCCCUCCGAGGGCAAGAUGGUGUCGGACAUUGCUGGUGCCUGGCAGAGAUUGGAGCAGGCCGAGAAGGGCUAUGAGGAAUGGCUAUUGAAUGAGAUUCGAAGACUGGAGCGCUUGGAGCACUUGGCUGAGAAGUUCAGGCAGAAGGCCUCCACGCAUGAGACCUGGGCUUACGGUAAGGGCGUGAGAAUCCAGUUCAGCUUUUACAGCAUCUGGGUUGUGGAUAAAGAUGCUUUCUGCCAAGCCUGUACCCUGAGUUUGAACCAACUCCUGCAGAUUGUCCUUCAUCUUCCAUAGACACAAGGUGGCAUGCACAUGCCCCUCAACACAUGCACACAUCCACGCACCAUAUGUGUAUAUAAAUAAACAAAUGU